AUGAGCAGCCAAGAAGAAGAAUAUCAUUCAUCGCAUCAGCCGCGCCUCGAGGCUGGGAACCUUCCCGAAACCCCCCCUGACACGUCGUUCAUCAACGACUACCAAGAUUAUACCUUUAUACGGAGAGCCCAGUCAAGAGGCCUGUUUGGCAUGAUGGAGACCAUCACCGAGUACUCGGAGGAGUCCGAGUCGAUCCACUGCGGUAAAGAAAAAGACGGCGAAGACGAGGUAGCUGUACACCCACCGCCCCUGGCCCACAGCUAUUCUUCCAUCACGGCCACCACCAAUGUCUCUCGGCCGUCUACCAGACGCGGACGUGAACAAGAACCCCGCGAACCUCUGGACAAAAGUGAGCCAGAGCCACUGGCACUCGAGGACCGGCUCAACAUGCAGGCCUAUGUUCGUGCCAUGGUCAUCUACGGAGGCGGCGCGCCAGAAAGAACGUCCUCCAUUCCCCAACACAUCCGCUCGGCGCCAGAUGAUGGGUCUAUUGGAAGCCUGGCCAGCAUGCUCACGGCAUCAGAUGCCAGUCUCAGCACUGGUAUCAGCAGCAACCUCACAACCCAGGAGAGUGCCGUCAGUGGAAGGUUGCGUCAAGAACUCGACCUCAUGUCUUCGGCAAGAGGAGCUCCGGCUGGCCCUGGGAGUCGACCAGCAACGGCCAUUGGCAACACCGGACUCCCGGGUAUCGACACCUCCAAUCCUUUUGCGUUUCUUGCUCCUGGAUCUAGUUCUCUUGUCAGCACCUCCACCAUCACUGCCUUCAAGCCAGAACCCAAGCCAGAGGCUAUUUCAGAACCUACCUCAGACACCGAGGGAGAGAAGAGGGUGCCAAAGGACUACCUCGAGGGGCAAUGGAACGUCACUCCCGCGUUUCCCGACGAGAGCAUCCUCCAGUUCCUCCGGGAGCCAUCCAAAGCGAAAGAGGGUCGCUCAAGCAACACACCCUCACCGUCCUCCUCCAACGCUACCAAAAGAAGCACAAGCACGGUGAAGCUGUCCUCGCUCAAGGAAGAUGGCGGCCCUGAAGGGAUCGAGACAAAGUGGGGCUCCAAAGAGACCCUGAAGCCAGAGCAGCCACCGGUACUCUCGUCAGCACUCCAAGAUAAUGUGCGUCGGUGGUACCUCGAAGAGGUCAUGUUCACCCGCAUCAUCGCCAAGGCAUCCGUCAGCAUACGAGCCAUGCCGGACAUGUCGUACAUGUUGGUCCCCGAGACGGUUCGAGCACAGAUCCGGCGGCUGGGAGAGCCGCUCAUCCAGUUUGGGUAUGAGAUCCAGAGGUACUGUCUCGAGUACAUCGAGGGAUAUGACUUGGCGUGGGUGAUCCUUCAGUGGCAGCAGUGCCAGGAGGGGCGGGAUGAUACGCCCGAGGGGAACACGAAAAGGUGUCAGAGGGACAGCGCAAUCGACAUGUGUGACCCCCGAGGCUCGCCGGACUGGUCGCACGCGGGGAGUAGCCAGAGCAGAGCGCGGGUCUCGACGACACGGCUCCCCGCCCAGCUUCAGCUUCCGCCGGUUGAGGAAACGCCGAGGCCUGAGAAGCUGCCUAACGCCCUGGCCGUCCCGGGAUGUGACGAUGUGCCAUCAAACGACACCCCCAGCCUCAAGGCCGAUGCUCGGUCCAACACCCCAUCCUCCACCGCAAGCAGCGAAGACACCCACGCCAGCACGACCCCAUCAUCCCCCGGCCCGCCUCUCAAGCCCCGCCCACGACCGCUGACCGACGAGGAAGAAGACCAGCUCGUCCGAGCCAUCAACGCCGUGGUGACCGAGCUCACCCACCUGCGCGACGAUCUGGACGAGAUCCACGACCAUCUAGCCAAAAUCAAAGUUUCCCGCCUUCCCACGGCCGAAAACACCGAGGAAACCAAACAGAGCUUCCACAAGCUCUACAUCGAGCUCGUCCCCCGUAUCCCCACCCAAAUGGACAACCUUCUCGCCCUCAUGGACGAGAAGACCAAGAUCAUAGCCACCAUCCUCGACGGCGGACCAGAAGGCAACCCCACCAUCCGCGAGAUACAUACCAUCCCGGAAAUGACCAUGGCCGGCGGCCUCGGUCUAGCCUCCAAUCCGUCCUCUCCCAUUACCUCCCCCUUCGUGUCCUCCCCCCUCAUGUCCCCCUCCCUUUCUCCCUGCCCCGUGGCCCUACACGAACGAGGUGAAAACUCCCCCCCCACAACCCGCCUCAAAACCCACCUCCACCACCUCCUCCACACCUCCCAAAAAACCUACCCCUUCCGCCUCGCCUUCGCCCACGCCCAUUUGUACACCCUCCGCAAACUCUACCACUGCCCCCGCCUCGACCCCUUCACCUACCGCUCCCUCUCCUCCCUCGAGUCCCGCCUCGAGCGCCUCCGGAAGCAGGACCGCGUCAACGACGGGGCCGGCCACCUCUGCGCCAUGUCGCACUCCGUAUUGCGCAUGGCGCACGGGAUCCAAAACCGUCAUCGACCCCAACAACUCGACCCGGGAAAAGGGGGUCAGAGAGACAGUAAUCGAAAAGACUCGCGACGAAGGGGGGGGGGAUUGGCCAACAUGAGUGGGAGGUUUCUCGAUCGUAUCGUCGGGAAGGGGAAGGGGUGGUCGUCUCCGUGA